CGAGAAAAAACCGUUAGAGGGAAGUCCUAGCAUCUAAACCGUUGAAAAGUGGCGAAGGAUCUCUUAAUUACAACAAUUCCACGACCGACGCAUCGAGAGGCCCUGAACGUGCUGAGAGAUUGGCGAUGAUAAACAUGUUUCUCUUCAUAAUCCUUCCUUUUCGGGCAUUUCAGAACGUAGCGCUCAGUCGACUCUUCUCUCCGUUCGCAGGGACACACGCAUUAACCGCAAAAUCCUGGUAAGCGGCUUUGAAAGGAUGUGAGCGCGGAUCGCGCGCAGCUGUUACAGAAAACCACAUCAGGUACCCGUGAGGUGGGGAAGGACAGGUCAGGGACAACCCACGAGAAGUUGGAUUGGGGUAUCCGUGAGCCUCUUUUCACGUCCCCGCAGAUGUGACCGGAUACGGUUGGAUCUGUAGAAAAAAUGUCAACCUCAAAGGGAGAAAAAAAAAGCGUUGCAGGGGAAUAAAAAGUUGGAUAAAGAGAGACGCCCAGGCAAAGAAUGAAAAAAAUUAACACGUGUUCAUAUCUUUAUAAGCUUAUUCUUAUCGACCAAUCGCAUGAUCUGUGCGUAGGCAUGAUUUGCAGUUCACUGUGUCCUCCGACCAACAGCGAAUUGCAUUUGCAGUUAUGAAAAUUAUUCAACUACAAGCUGCGUGGUGAUUGAUACUUUCUAGUGCCGAGUUUUUAGCAACUCGCACUUUCUCAACCGUCCCAUUGUUCAUGUUCAUACCUAUACCAGUUUGUCUGCAGCGAAGGUAUGAUAAUUUGGGAAUUACAUUUGUGGAAAAUUUACGUAGAGCUGUUCAAAUCGCAGGUGCAAUCGAAGAAUCGUAGAAGAUUCUGAAUUUAAGUUGAAAUUGCGAGAAUGGGAAGGCGAUGCGAGCGAAAUUGGAACACGUAAUACGACGGCGAGUAGUUUUGGAGCGCCCGCAUGCUACGCUACUGUCGUCGGCUGGCGCUGGUUGGAGGGGAAAGAGAGAGAAAGAGAAAGAGGAUAGCCUCGGUAUAACGUCGGAGAGAGACGAGCAGUAAAAGAGAGAGACGGAGAUGGAGGGAGCGAUGGCGACGAGUACCGGUGCUGCAGUAACCGGCUGGCGUCCGUUGCCUCUCGGGUGUCGAAAACGUGGGCGAAAAAUAGAUAAUUCAUAGAUUUCUAACGAUAGUAUAUUGUUAUCGAAACGCUUCCACUGUUUUAUUAACGACAAUUGAGCUGGAUACAUCACGGCUCACCGAGACUUUCCAUGUCAACGCCACGCACGCUGUCGAACUGGCGAGCGUGCUACGCCCCGUGGUUACAGACUCGAAUUCGUCGGUUUGUUUCUGAUAUUCUAGUGGUUUUUGAGGAUAGAUCGGUAACGUUACUACCGCCUCGGGAAACCGUCGUAACAACGAGCAAGCCCCCGCAAUAUUGAGAUGAGCGAUCAUGGCUGCAUACACUUGAAUAAUUUCAAAGCAGCCAAGGGGAUACAGCCGUACAAAGUAAUACACUCCUAUUUCGUGACCAGCACUUCGACCGAGGCACGCGUAAGGAAGGCAGUGAGCUGUUUGUGUCACACCUGUAAAACGUACAAGGAUCGCCUUCACUCGUGUUUGCACUGCAUUUUUUUUGGCUGUUAUUCGAAAGGACACAUACAAGAACAUGCCAAGACCAAAAAACAUUUUUUAGCCGUCGAUCUGUGCUACGGCAACAUAUUAUGCUUCCAAUGUGGGGACUACGUGUACGACAGGGAAUUAACGGCGGUUGCAAAAUCACAGUGGAGCCAGUCGGCGAGAUCACUUAGUUUGGGAGAGUUUUAUAGAGCUUGGGAACCGACACAAGUCGAGGCGGACUUGCUAAGAAAAAAUCCACGACGUCGACGCAUUGUGGAAAAUUCCACUAUCGGUCUGAGAGGUCUGAUAAACCUCGGUAGUACUUGUUUCAUGAACUGCAUAGUGCAGGCGUUGAUACAUACGCCUCUUCUUCGGGACUAUUUUCUAGCCGAUCGACAUCAUUGUCCCCAGCCAAGCCGUUGUCUAGUUUGCGAAGUAUCACACCUUUUCCAAGAAUUUUACUCCGGGAACAAGGCUCCCUUGACUCUUCACAAACUUCUUCAUCUAAUUUGGACACACGCCAGGCAUUUAGCUGGCUAUGAGCAGCAAGAUGCGCAUGAAUUCUUUAUUGCAACGCUAGAUGUACUCCACAGGCACUGCGAAGCUGCUCCUAUUUUGGUUAAGGACAACCCUCAUCAUUGUAAUUGUAUUAUAGAUCAAAUAUUUACCGGAGGACUGCAGAGUGACGUUGUCUGCCAAGCGUGCAAUGGAGUAUCGACUACAAUCGACCCUUUUUGGGACAUCUCCCUGGACUUGGGCCCCACUGCUGGAGCAUCAGGGCCUGACAGUUCGGGUCCACCUACCUCGUUAUUAGACUGCCUAGAACGUUUUACACGUGCCGAACACUUGGGAUCAAGUGCGAAGAUAAAAUGUAGUAAUUGCCAAACUUACCAAGAAAGCACAAAACAAUUAACUAUGAAACAGCUACCCAUCGUUGCCAGCUUUCACUUGAAGAGAUUCGAACAUUCUAGCAUUCAGGAUAAAAAAAUAUCAACCUUUAUAGCCUUCCCUGAACAGUUGGACAUGACUCCUUUUAUGUCUCAUAAAAGAAACGGCAAUAACAAUGCCACUAUGGAUAGCUUGCCGAAAAAUGGCGAAGAUACUGCCUUCAGUGAUAACAGGUAUUCUCUCUUUGCUGUUAUCAACCAUGAGGGUUCAUUGGAAACUGGACAUUACACAGCAUUUAUUAGACAGCAGAGAGAUCAGUGGUUCAAAUGUGACGACCAUCUCAUAACCAGGGCAAAAUUGAAGGACGUGUUAACCAGCGAAGGGUACCUCCUUUUUUAUCACAAACAGAUCCUGGAGUAUGGAAAAAACAGUAAAGUAUAAAACCCAAAUCAUGUAAUUAAAUUAUUUAUCUUGACAACGAUAAGUCAGGCGAUAGAUUUUAAGUUGAUUAGGUUUAUUACACGUCGUGUAUAGGUAGGAUUCUAUAUGUUCUAACUUGAUACUUCAGUGUUUUUUUUUUCGAAUGUUCUUUUGAUUAUGCGAGCGGUUGAACGAUUACUUUAAAAUAAAUUGCGUAUUUAUUUCUCAAGAUAUACUUGCAUCAGUUUUAAUGUAAAAAAAAUUAGGAGUAUAAAUAAUUUAAAUCACAAUAAUCAUAAUAAUUUAUAAUAACUAUUUAGUUUUACAACUACUUAAUUACAACUUUUACCUUCAUGACAUAUUAUUAGGGACAAAGUGAUUGGCUGCAAAAACUUUCUUAAAAUAUAUCGUAAACCUAAUUUAUCGCUACCGAUAGCUAACGUAAAAGUAUAUCGCUGUAGUUUUAAUGGAACCUAAGUGGAUUAAUUGUAGGAUUUGCAGAACGCCAAUUCACCGUACGUAUAUUUCAAUAUUUAUUCAAUCAUCUUCCAUUUGUCAAAUAAUUACUCGAGCCUACUUAAUCUAUUACUGUCAAUCCGCGGAUUCCGUAGAACUCGUUAAUGUGUCGUCGACUCCGAUCCGCAGAGUUAAGAACUGACUGAUAUCCGCUUCACAGAUGGAAGUGGAAUGAUUACAGGAAAAGUUUUGCUAUUUGUGUACGUACCUCUACGGUUCAUUUCUGUUAAAGUAUUAUUAGCAGACUCUGUAAUCCCUAAUACUCUCGUGCUUUACGGAUCUUAUAUCGAUAAAUGGACAAACUAAGGAUAAUAAAUAUUUGUAUUGUUCGAACGAAACUCACAAAUGAAAUACUAAGCGAAGUAUCACAGCUGUAGUAGGUAUAAUAUUUGCCAUCAUGUUAUCAAUCUAAAGAGGAUUAAAGUCCUAUUAACGAUGAUACAGCUGGAUUCUGUUGUCCAGUUACGUAAGAAUUAGUUUUCUAAGAUUAGCUCAAUUUUUUUUAAAUUGCCAAAAUAUCGCAAUUUUUGUAUAUUGAUGACGAACGUUGUUGUAACUCCUCCCUCUCUCCCUUACUAUUAUACACAAACAUUAUACAUAUGCGGGGCUGAUCCACUUUAUUGAAGUUUACCAAGAAAUUCCAACUACUAGUGACCGAUUGACUGUGCUCACUGUUCUUUACUAUCUCCACGAAAUCAUGUUACUCUAUGGAUCUCUUUAAUUAAAAAAAAAUUUAAAUGCUGACUCUUUCGAGUUAUUGUGAUCACUACCGAAUAAUUAAAAUAACUUGUAUAGUACGUGUAGUAUGCGGUCUUGUGAAUAUGCCUGAUCAAGACAAACUUCAAUUGAUGUAAUGUGGAACUACCGUGCAUACACGUAUAGUGAUUAAUUAAGAACAAAUGAAUUUUGUACAAAUAAAAUAGCUUUGAUGAAGUGACUACGUAUUUCGAUGCGAUGAUUGAUGAUGAUGAUUUACGUCCAACUGUGUAUAUUAAAUUAUAAUUUGAAUAAAUUUCUGGUCGCUAAUUGUAAAUUU